GUUCAGAAACUACGACGCAAAAUAGACAAUAUACCAGUGGUAUCUGGAGCCAUCAUGGCGGGUAUUGUAAACAGAAAAAAAUACGAGGAUCAAAUUAAAUCUUGUGAUAUUAUUUUUGAUGCCGGCGUACAUUCAAAUGUCAGGGCCGUUAUUGCCAAUGAACUUUUUAAGUAUUUUAUGUACGAAAGACAACAGAUACCAAUGCCGUUCGAUCAUUUGAAGAAAGAAGCACUUGACAAGUCGAAUACUACCACUACCAGCCUCCAGGAAACAACUGUUCUGUCUACUGUGAGACAGAAGAGGAAAUGUUUCUAUGGCAGCAUGGAGGACAAGAAGAAGACGAGUCUUAUAUCCUGUGUGAUGGAGAUGAUGCAAAGGGUGGAAGCUGCUUUUGUCACAUGCCCAGAAGUCAAACAGGUGCUCAUCACCAUGGGCGGCACCGUCGUCAGUCCCAGAGAAUCGUUUCUCAUCAACCUGCCCCCUUUGUCCCCAGAGGCUGACCUAGUCUCUCUCAGGUCCAGUGUGAAGUCUCUCUUCCGUCAGCUCAUCACCCACGACUUGCUGGGAGGAGUCAAACCCAUCUCACCGACAAACAUGGCUGUGCUGUUGUAUGCACCCAGAGAUAGCGGCAUACAGUGGUUUGUGCCCAAGCCCACGUUUAAACGACCCAUCAGAGGUCGACAGUUUGAGUACAACAUAAAAUGUAGACACCAUCACGUGGGUUCUCAUGACCUGUCAUGUGAUGUGAGCGAAGUUGAGAUAUCAGGAAUUGAGCCCCUGGACUCAUCAGUGCUGUCUGAUGCUGACAUGAACGACUGUGUUCUGAACAACUGUCUCAGUGCAUCUAACCCAGACUAUGCCUUAUGCAGCGGAGAUGGUCAAAUGGAGACAUGUAGGUCUUCUGAGACAGUUGUUUCCCCUACACCCGAGCUGGACACGAUAUGGUUCCAGGCCCCUGUGCUGGUGAAGGGUUAUAAGGACAAGCCAAGGAAUAUGUUGCCCUGAAGACCUGUGCUGGUGAAGGGUUUUGAAGGACAAGCCAAGGAAUAUGUUGCCCUGAAGACCUGUGCUGGUGAAGGGUUUUGAAGGACAAGCCAAGGAAUAUGUUGCCCUGAUGACCUGUGCUGGUGAAGGGUUAUAAGGACAAGCCAAGGAAUAUGUUGCCCUGAUGACCUGUGCUGGUGAAGGGUUAUAAGGACAAGCCAAGGAAUAUGUUGCCCUGAUGACCUGUGCUGGUGAAGGGUUUUGAAGGACAAGCCAAGGAAUAUGUUGCCCUGAAGACCUGUGCUGAUGAAGGGUUUUGAAGGACAAGCCAAGGAAUAUGUUGCCCUGAUGACCUGUGCUGGCUAAAGGUUGUGAAGGACAAGCCUAGGAAGUUGUUGCUCAGGAUGAUCUUUUCACUUCUUAUCAUGUCUUUUAGAAAUUUGUUUUUAAAAAAAUCUAUAAAUUUUAUUCACUUGUAUAGAAUCUAGAUUUUGUACAUCAUGAAUUGAAAAAAACAGAUGCUAUAAUUACUAUUGUGUAGAUGUCAAAGUAUUGCAUGUUUCAGUGAUCCAACUUGUUAUAUAUGUAUGUAUUUAUGAUGUGGAUCACCCUGGAACUCAAAGGGAAAGUAUGUCAUGUAUUACCACAUGAGAAUGUCAAUAAAAGUGCUCGUGUAAACACAUGUCAGGACAUGAACAUGACAA